AUGGCCGAUUGCGAUGGCAGACUGCAAAUCUCGAUCUGUGGCCCAAGUCUCAAUUUCGACGUUUCAAUGCUCGACUUGACCGAAAAGCACGAAUCGCCACAAUGGAGCAACACGGGAGUUCUAAACGGUUUGCACAGACGUCGGAGCUGCCAGCUUGCCAAGGUAGAUCCCUCCAUGUGUUUGUCCACGUCUCCACUGCAUCAGACUGACGAGGAACUAGAGGUCGGAGGCAAUGCGCAAAUCACGACACCAAAGAAAGUCCAUCUCGGCAGUGUCGAGACGUCGAGACAGGGCCUGGCUCGCUUUCACGGGUCCUCGCAAGCCUCUACUAGCUCGACCGGCACAGGGAGGCACAGGAAACUAGUCAUCUAG